UCUUUCCUGUUUAUAUAUUUGUUUGUGUUAUUUGCGAAGCUGAUUUAUUACACAGAACCUGUCCCGCUCAUUUAAAUCGUCCGCAAAGCUUCUUUCUCCCGAAUUCCAAUUUCUCCCCCUCUGUGUGACACUAAGCAGAAAUGUGCAGUCGUAUGCACUAGCAAGUUGUUAUUUAUUUUAAUUCGAAUGUUGCGUAGACAUAUAUCAAUUUGGAUUUGAUUUAUUAAAUGUGAAAGGCAGGUGAUUUGCUGAAGAGACAAAUUAAGCCCUUCGAAAUGGAUACAAAUGGUGUUGAUAAAGUUUCCACGAAAAAGAAUGGUUUCCACAAAGGUCCUAUGGAACUCUAUUUGGUCAGGAUUUCACCAGCUUGUCGAGCGGUCUGGCUCUAUGUCAUACAGAACGAGCUGCCCCACCUUCUGAUUGACGUCGACUUCUCCAAGGGACCUAACCACUUACCACCCGUGUUCCGUAAUCAUCCCCACCAGGAGGUCCCUCUGCUCGUGGAUGGCGAUGUGGUGGUGUUUGAGGCAACAGCAAUACUUCGGUACCUCUCCUUGAAAUACACAUCUUCCGCUGGAUUUGGCAUGUCGUUACCAAAUCAAAUGCUCUGCGAAUCGGUGAUAUCUUGGUCCUUUGGAGAACUUUUAAGGUCAGUUGGCUACACUUAUGUGUUUCCCCAAUUCUUGGAGAGCUACUCUUUCUCCCCAGAGAGCGCCAACGAAGUGGUCAUCGAAAAAGGUCUUCGCCAGGUAACGACUCACCUGGAAAUCCUCGAGAACAAAUAUUUGGAGAAGUCUAAAUACCUCGCCGGAAAUAAACUGACCGUGUCGGAUUCUUGUGCUGCUUCUGUCCUUGUACUACUGGAGUGGACGGGGUUCAGUUUCAAAAUGUGGCCCAAGGUGGAGUCUUGGCUUAGCAAGGUCAAACAACAGAUGUUCUGGGACGAGGUUCACACCACACAUACUGAUUUUGUUCGUGAACUUGAACGAGCUAAUUUGGUCCAGCGUUGAACGAAAGAAGUUGCCAGCUAGGCUUCCGAAGGGCUGUUGCAAUACAUGAAUUUCGCUAAUUAAGCGUUUGUGCGAUUCAUAUGUUUUGAUUCAUAAACAUCCAAAAUCGCAAUAUCCAGUCAAUUUUUAUGUUCAAAUUUGUGUGGUUAUUCAUUUAUUGUACUGUACACUGCAUUAACAAAAUGAUGUUUCUUUGAUACAAGUAGUUACCACUUAGCUAAUAUACAUGUAAGUCGUGAACACAUUAUCUGUUUAAGCGGUGCUUUAAUUGGCAUACAAAAUAAAAUUAAGAUUAUAUAUCACGAAAUGCCAAUUCACAUCUUUAAAUGACGAGUUAGAAAAUGACUUCUUGUCAUUCAAAUCUUUAUAACAGUCUUAUUACGGGCUUUGUACACCCCAUUACAUUACAUUAUAUUACAUUACAUUACAUUAGGCUUAUGCUGGAUGCUUAACGUUACACACUGUAGCCUUAAUGAAGCUAUAUGGUCUUUGUACAAAAUUCGCUUUUUUAUCUGCCGUGGAUCUGAUCGAAUUACAUUUGAUAAUUGGCACAUUUACAAUUGUUACAUGUGUUGUCAUAUUGAUAUACAUGUAUCUGCAUGCAAUAAAAGCUUACAUGAAUGAUA